GGACGCUGUUACCCACUGGAUAUCCUCGGCAUAAUAUCCAAUUGCCAGGGCGACUCACUUGGAAAUGUCUUAGGUUCACGGCUUUCUUUUCCAUUUUGUCACCACUUCAUCAGCAAUCAGUUCAAUAGUCCAACACUUGUUUGGAUAUUGUGUAUCGCUUUCGAGUAAACUCUCUAUAGUGGGCUCGAUAACUGAUCGCACUUGAAGCUACCACCAAGUUACAACAUGAAUUCUCUACGCAACUUGCGGCCGAUUGCCUCGCGUAUCCAGCUGAGCAGUUUGCCUAUAGCCGCCCGUUCAUUCUCCGCGACGCCAGCAAGGGCCUACGAAUAUAUCCAGACUUCAGAACCGAAACCCGGUGUUGGUCAAGUAACGCUAAACCGGCCUAAGGCUCUAAAUGCACUCUGCACGCCUCUUAUCAAAGAGCUCAAUCAGGCAUUGAACGAGUAUCAAACAUCGGAAAACAUCAAGGUCAUUGUCUUGACAGGCUCACAGAAGGCCUUCGCUGCAGGAGCUGAUAUCAAGGAGAUGCAACCUCUUACCUUUGCCGGAGCUUACACAACCUCAUUCAUCGAGUCAUGGUCGGACCUAACCACCCAAAUCAAGAAGCCCAUCAUUGCCGCAGUGUCCGGCCAUGCGCUGGGAGGUGGCUGUGAGCUCUCCAUGAUGUGUGACAUCCUGUAUUGCACGGAAACAGCCAACUUCGGACAACCGGAGAUCAAGCUUGGGACUCUCCCUGGAGCAGGUGGAAGCCAAAGGCUGACCAGAGCGAUUGGCAAAUCCAAAGCGAUGGAGCUCAUUUUGACAGGGAAAUCAUUCACUGGGGCCGAUGCUGAGAAAUGGGGACUUGCAGCAAAGGCGUUCACAAGUUACGAGGAGUUGAUGGAGCAAACCUUGAAGACAGCUGAGACAAUCGCGGGACACUCAUUGGUGGCCGUCCAAGCCUGCAAGGAGGUCGUCAACAAGAGCCAGGACUUACCGCUCAGAGAGGGUGUAGAGUUUGAGAGACGAGUGUUCCACAGCUUGUUCGGAAGUCAAGACCAGAAGAUUGGAAUGAAGGCAUUCGCGGAGAAGAAGAAGGCUGAAUGGACGCAUCAAUAAACAUCUCGAUCGGGGGUAUAGUACCACACCUGAGCGAAGAAGCAAUGUAAUGCAUGUUCCUAUUUCAAGACAAUGUUGUUGCUGUAUAAUCUAUUGGAAUAUACGAGAGGGCGGGUGCUGCACUGAAGGCACGCAUGUUGUAGCCACUGUUAUAGCAGCCUAUAAGCUUGAAGCGGGGUGGUUCAGCUCGCUAAGGACGUUAUGAUAGGGCUGACCAAAUUGGAUGCCUUUCCGAACCGGU